GUGUGUGUUUGGAAGAGCGAGGGAGAGGCAAGUAUCGUGAGGAAGGAAGGAAGGAAGGAAGGAAGGAAGGGAAAGGAAGAGAGAAAAUCGGGUCGAAAUCGUCGGACAUGUGCGCGGCGCUGUGCUCGCAGGCAGCAGGGACGUGAUGGUACGUAGCUCGCAGCGUGCAAGUUAUCAGGAUUGCUCGCGGUCACGGGUUCGUGACGACCAUGGUGAGGAGUGCGACGGCGUGAGCGACGACAACGAGCGCGCUAUCGCGAGAGAGAGCCUCGGGGCGCCGCACGCCGACGGACGGAGCGGCGUUGCCACCUCUCUUCGCCCGCUGCCUCGCGAGAAGCGAUACGGCAACCAAGAACACCGUCGUUGCCACGUCCGCUGUUACGUUCCGCUGCCAGCCGGGACGGCAGCUCGCUGGCCACGGCGACCAUCUCUCUCGCUACGCUGAUAAGCCAAAGAUCGCCGAUCUCUGACUCGUUCACUGUCACGCUGGAUAAAUCAUAACAAUACGUAUAAAUUUUUACAAGAGAUUUUACUGCGAGAAAAGUUAGCUGUUUCAGAACCGAGUAGCGACAUGGAGGCAAAGGAGAGGGAGAAGCCGCUGGUUAAAGACUUGAACGAACAUAUCGUAUGUCCUCUGUGCAGAGGCUACCUCAUAGAUGCAACGACUCUCGUGGAAUGUCUGCAUUCUUUUUGCAGAGGUUGUAUAGUGAGACGGUUGAGCAGCGGUGCCAGAGCGUGUCCCGUAUGCAAUGUCGCAACGUCUCCGCCACUCUUGCCGGACGUAAAGCUGCAACGACUUGUAUAUCUUAUGGUACCCGGCCUCUUCCGCUCGGAGCUUGAACGAAGGCGUCAUUUCCGGCUGGUCAAUCCACAAUGCCCACCUUUGGCCUUACCCCUGGGCGCCCUAAACUUAACCUUGGACGAUUUCGUCAGCCUAAGUUUAUGCGAGCUCGACGAACCGGAAGGAGAGGCGGCCGUUCACGAACCGGAAAACCGUGCCGGGUUACGACAUCGGACGAACGCCGAUCAAACGAAACAGGAAGACACGAUUCAGGUUAGAAAUACUCGAUACCUUAAGUGUCCGGCAGGAGUGACUGUUCGACACUUGGUGCGAUUGCUUAUGCUGAAGAGAGGAUGGGAGGAAGCGAAUUCUCACGGGACGAAUGUCAAUAAGAUCGAGAUGCUGUGCGAGAAGAGCAACGAAAAUCGACGAAAUGGCGCGAAGACGAUGGUUUUGGAUCAGUCAUGGACGCUACUCGAUCUCGCCUGCAUAUUUGGUUGGAAGAGAGAAGCGCCUAUGAAGCUGUUUUAUCGCGUGUUACGUAAGGAGGAUAUUGUCUCCGUUUCGAGCGAGAACUCCUUCAACGACGAGACGACAACCAAGGAUACCGCGACAAUGGAAAAUAUUCAACGGCCACCGACACCACCUCCGAGUCCUAAGCCUAUCCAACAGUGCGAGGACGAGGCCCAUAAAAUUUUGGAGAAUAACACGGAACCGUCUCAAUCGUCGUUGAAAACCAAUUUGGAACGCGACAAGGAGCCGAAAGCGAAGAAACCCCGAUGCAAGGUAACACCUGUAAUGAGAACACCUAAUCUUGUAUCGAUACAAGCCAACCACGCGCCGGAAAGUUCCAAGUCGAAAGAAUUGGCGAAGCUGGAGCAUCGCAAGCACAGGAAACGACGAAACAAACGGGUGAUCGCCGAGAUCACCACCACACCGCGGGAGGAUUUAUUGAAACUGAAGGUUCGGUUAACCCCGUGCCCACCGAGGAUCACGUCGAGUAGCGGAAGUGGCCAAGCGAAAGAGAAAUUAUUACAGAUGAGGGCCGUUAGACGGGAGAAGAUCAAAACUACGACGAUAAAUCAACAACGAUCGUCGGGCACGUUGGCUCGCGAGGAAGGAGGCGCGAGUACGAAGGAGAAUAUCGGAGAGGCGGAAGAGACUAUAGAAGAAAUAAUAGACAGUAUACCUGACGAGGUUGUUCGAAUCGCACAAAAUAUAACUACCCAAGGGGAAGAUGCGUCCGCAGCAGCGGAAAGGGUGGAUCAAAGGAACGCAUCCUCGACUGGUUGCAAACCACCGGCUAAGAAGGAAGAAGGUGAAGCAGAAGUGUUGAAAAGAACGGAACAGAUCGAGUCGGAACGCCCGAAGAAAGACGAGGAAAUUCUGCGACGAUUGGGUCUGGUGGCCGUGAACGAAGCUGGCGACAACUUCCGGGACAAAGCGAGGCAACGCGUUCAAAAUAACGGGGAAAAGAUGGAUAGUUUGGACAGAGAGAAGCUGGAGAAACAAUUACGCGAGAGCAAAGCGAAUCGAGUGAGAAGUUUGUUGGCCGAGAAACAGAUGCGCGACACGUUGAAAACGAUGUCGAAGACAAAGGAAGAACACCCUGCACCCUUACCGGUCAACACCCCUCCGAAAAAGAAAGGCCCGCCCCCAUUGGCGCCACUGAGGGUCGCGAAACCUUCCGGUUUUGCCGCGUCGAGCGCCAUUUUAGAACCGAAUAACUCGAAAUACGAGAUCCCAUUAGAUCUAAGCAGCGGCGGGACCGUGCACAAUAACGUGCUCGAUCUGUCUGCCAAUUUAUCGGCCGCUAAUUUCUCCUUAUCUCCUUCCUCGUCUUCGUCGUCUUCUCCUUCGUCCUCCUCCUCCUCUUCGUCGUCGUCGUCGUCAUCGUCGUCAUCGUCGUCGUCGUCGUCGUCGUCAUCGUCGUCAUCUUCCUCGAUCUGCUCCAUGUCCUCGUUGAAUCCAAGACCACCACGGCCGCCUAUCACCCCGGCAAGUUUAUUACGAGGAAAAGCGAAAGAUCUGGAUCAACGACGAGGUCAAGAUUCCAAUUUAAUGACACUUUCUGACGCAGCUGUUUCCCUGUUAAGCGGAUGCAUCACCGAUGAGAACUCGGUUGAUUCUUUGGUGCUCAGUUCAGCUAAUCUCGCCAGCAAAGUGGCCCUCCGAAUACCGCAACCUCAUCAAAGAAUCUCCGGCUUUGGAAUGAAAAUCAAACCGAAUCUGAGCAUCCGGCACAUCCCUAAUCCUCAAGCUGUGGUAGCGUCGCAAUACAGAAAUCAAAGAGUCAGUUACUUCAAUUCCGUCUCGCAACAACCACCGUAAGAAGAAUUAUUUUUCACUGACGAAACGCUCGAUUUUCCUCUAUCCUUAAACUUUGUUUCAUUACUUCCUAUUAUUAUCAUUAUUAUUAUUAUUAUUAUUACUACUAUUAUUAUUAUUAUUAUUAUUAUUAUUAUUGUUGUUGUUAUUACUUAAAAAUGCUCCUAUGGAAACAAGAUUCCUACGUGACCAAUCCAAAGGCUGUAUGUUACCAUAUAUAUUUUCACCCGCUUCCUACAAUGUUUCUUAAAACAUGAUGAAUUUUCGUACGGGCAUAAAGACGCAUGGCAAAACUUAAAUAAUUAAAACGUUAACUUUUGAGAAAGAAGAGAGAGAGAAAAAAUGAUAGGAGUUAAUAAAGAAAGUAGACAUAUUUACUUUCGAAGAUUACGAUAAGAAAAUUUUCAAAAAAAAAUCGUUCAAUGCGAGAUUUUUACAUUGAGAAAAAAGAAAAGAAAGAGAGUAUACAUAUUAAUUACAAAUUAGUAACGAGUUUUUUAUCGUGUGUCUUUUUGCUCUUAAAUAAGAAUCAAUGGCGGUAUCCAGACCGUUGUUAUCUAGAUAUAUAUAAGCUACGUAUGUUCGUAAUGCAUGUAUGUGUGUCUAUGAUCAACUAUGAUUAAAAAAUGCAAAUUAAUACCUACUUAGGCCCAAGCUGACAAAUUAAUUUACGAAAAGUGUCGGCAAUUCGACGGUUCGCUCUAUUGGCAAUGAUAAAACGGCUGACAGAGAUAUAUUAAACGUAGUAUAACGUAUGGUUAAGGGUUGUAGUGAUGAGGAUACCGGAUGAAUGAUUAGAAUGGAACGAUGGAUGGAUGACGGAUAAGCUUUCUUGUCCCUUCCCUUCCCCCCACAUGUUGUCGCUCCUUUUUUAGAAUCUUAGAGAAAUAUGUACUUCAUAGAGAUGCCAAAGAACGCCAGAGAACGUGUGCAAUGUAUUAGUGCAAUUUAAUUAUCGUCUAUCAUAUAAUAUAAUAUAUUACAAGCGAUUUAUUGCGAUAUAAGUCCAAUUUCGUGGCAAAGGGUGAAUACUAGUCGUUAUGGCUAAAAGUAUGCGGCGACCUUCUAAAAAAUUGGACAGCUCGAAGAGCUUUGCAAAAGAAAAAGGAAAAGAAUGUUUUAACGUACGCUCGAUUCGCUGACAUCGAGAGGUACUGUUGAAUUGGGAAUUUAAAUAUACGUAUGCAUUCUCUAAAGAUCGUACGUAUCAUAUGUAAGGAAGUUUUUAUUUUAUAAAAGCGUAAACUCAUAUCGCUGUUAUUGAUUUAAGAAUGAUAUAAGAUUAUCGUGCGAUAAUAUAUAUUUAAUAUAUUAAUAUAUAUUAUCGUCGAUGGAACGCUUUAAAAAUAUUGAGAAAGAAAAAUUAAUCGAGUGCGUUGGAAGCUCGUUGUGCGUGAUAUACGAUUUUUAAUGCUGUAUCGGAAUUUGUACAGUCGAAUAGAAUUGCCCCCGUAUAGGACAGCAAUAAAGAUGAACUUGAUUUGAAGGAAAUUUUAAAUAAAAUGUUUACUAGGAAACAAAAAUCCAAAUCCUACUCGAACGAUCAAAAUAAUUCGAUGUUAACGCGGUAUGCACGCAUCGAUCGAGCGUACACGUUGCGUAAAAAAAAAAAUUUUUAUGAUAUCCAAUUAUCGAAUGAGUCAAGGUGGGUAUGUAAAAAAAUAAGAGUUCAAACGUUUCUAGUCGAAAUAUAAAUCUUGAAAAAUAGAGGAAAGGUGCCAAUAAACGAAUGGAGAAAAAUGAAUGAUGUCAAAUCGCGAUAAUUCGCGACGAAUAUAAUUCAGAGAUUUGAAUUAAUUACGUCAAAUUUGCGUCAACUAGUUACAUGGUUACCCAUCGUCGAUAAUGUUUGAGAAAAGGGAACCACACGAUUUUGAAUAAGCU